UGGAUACAUUUCGCGGAGGCCCAAACGUUACCCGACCCACGACUGAGGCGGAAACCAUCGGUCUCCAGUCGUUUUAGUUUUAGGGUUAUGUUGCCGGUAAAUAGCAAAAGCUGAAUUUCGUCGGGCUGGUGAUCGCGAUUCCGCGAAAGAAAAAAUGGCGGCCUGCUGUCUGCUUAAGCGUCGUGGUUCGAAAGCUCCGAGGAGGGAACUGGGAGCCGGCGGCUGGGGACCGGUCUACAGCCAUUGGACUCAGCGGUGUUCCUAGGGUUACUUCCCGCCGAGUCCCGGCGUCGCAGGUUUCACCGGCGAUUCCCAAGAUAUUUCAACCCUCCAUUAUCUCGUUACGUCUGCUUCUGCUGGUGUGCUGCGUCGUGCUGGUGAUACUGUGUUGUACAGCUCUCAAGGCAUUAACCCUGACUACUAUUAUUUUCACCACUAUAUCAAGGAAAGAAUUGAGCCUUGGGCCUUUGAGGGUUCUGACAGUGAUCGUUGGGUUCGCAAGCUUCUCAACAGCCGGUUUGACGGCUUUGCUGAUGAUGACCAUCCUCCCUGAACCUGUGCUUCCAGUUGGUGAACCGGGCACGAAGAUUCCUUGUGCUGCUUGGCAGAAGGUUUUUGACAAGUGUGUGAAGAGACAUGAGAAUGCAGUAGCUGGCAAGUGCGAGUACCUGAGGUGCAAGUUGUACGAGUGUCGUACCACACAGAAUUGA